UAUUGUUUUUAAUAUACCCUUUACACCAUCAAUAAUUGUGACAUAUUAAAGCCUUUUUUUACUUUCUUCUCCUUGUUUUAUCCCUAUAAUGAACAUUUGCUGGCUGACUGAUAUAUCACACGUUUUAUAAUUGCUAAUAAAUUGAAAAAUAUUAUAAUACUCCUACAUUUAAUAGAACUUGAACUGAAUUAACUAACUAUGUUGGUGGUUGACUGGUUGUGGCUGCUUAAAUAUCCAGUCAUUUAAAGCAAACUAACUAAUUACUUACUACAAUUAUUAAAACAAGCCUAAUCUAUAUGAUGAUAAGGAUAACAAAACUCACCAGUUUUCAUACCAUAUCAUAGUUUUCAUCUGUCUCUGCUAGUCAACAAAAUCUCCCCUGUUUUCAUACCACAGCAUGGUUUUCAUCAAUCUCUUUUAAUUUCCCUUCCAGUUUUCCAACUCCCUCUCUCUCUCUAGAACAUCAUGGAGAUUGACUAACUCCUAAGCAAGAGAGGUGGUGGUGGUGAUGACAACCAUGGAUGGUCGGAUAUGGAGCAAGCUUCCCGAUCAUCUCCUCGAACACGUCCUCUCCCUCCUCCCUCUCAAAACCUUCCUCGCCCUCCGAUCAACCUGCAAACACUUCAACUCCCUCCCCUUCACCCCCUACUUCAUCUCCCGCCACUCCCUCCCCCACUCCCCGCCGCCCUUCUCCCCCCUCCUCAUCCUCUCCCACCCACACUUCCACCACUCCUCCCCCAUCUUCAACACCUCCCUCAACACCUGGUGCUCCCUCCUCCUCUCCUUCCCCCCCAUGCCCCCCUCCUCCCUCCUCCUCUCCUCCUCCCACGGCCUCCUCUGCUUCUCCCUCCCCUCCACCUCCUCCUUCCUCGUCUGCAACCUCCUCACCCGCUCCCUCCGCCGCAUCAAGUUCCCCGCCUCCCCCUUCUCCUUCGACCUCCCCACCGUAGUACCCUCCUCCCCCUCCUCCGCCGCCGACGGAUACAAGCUCUUCAUGCUCUCCACCACCGGAUCAUUCCACCACGCCCUCGUCUACUCCUCCUCCACCGGCUCAUGGGCGCGUUUCCCCGGCCCCGAGCCAUCCUCGAUCAUCAACGAGAACCACCACCAGAAGGGCGUCCUCUACAGCGGAGGGAUUCUCUUCACGACGCCCGAGCCUUUCCACAUUGUGAGCUUCCAGCUGGAGAGCGGCGGGUGGGAGACGCUGCUUAUUGAUCUUCCCGAUGGGCUUGCGUUCGCGCGGCUGGCUGGGGACGGGGACCGGAAGCUGUACCUGGUGGGCGGGGUCGGGGCGAGCGGGAUCUCAAGGAGCAUUAAGCUGUGGGAGCUGGGGGAGGGGUGGGUGGAGGUGGAAACAAUGCCGGAAAUGGUGUGCAGGAAAUUUCUAUCUGUUUGCUACCAUAACUAUGAGCAUGUGUACUGUUUCUGGCAUCAAGGUUUAAUCUGUCUGUGCUGCUACACAUGGCCUGAGAUAUUAUACUACAAAGUUUCUAGAAGAACCUGGCAUUGGCUGCCUAAAUGCCCUUCUUUGCCUGACAAAUGGAGCUGUGGAUUCAGGUGGUUUUCCUUCACACCUCAGCUCUAUGCCUCUGUAUAAAAACACUUCAAUUUUGUUUCAUAUGUUAUAGAUUUAAGUAUAUGGAUAUUUGGUAUGAGAUGUAUACAUGUAUUACUAUAUCAGUAAUUCAACAUAUUUGUUUUAAAUU